AGGUCAUACUGAGCAGCUGACUGUAUACAAGCUGCAAUAUGUCAGAGGAGCGAGGAAAUGACUCGCCGUCUGAGAUGGGUCUCUCUUCAAAACAGAGCUCUGUGUCUGGUGGCAUGCCGGACUCAAGUGAGAAAAAAAAGUCAUCUACCAAAAGUGUAAGAUCAGGCUCACAUGUAUCCAGCUCUGUGUCCGUGAAGAGUGACCAAUCAAGACAUGAACCACUGAACUUCAGUGACAAAAAAUCACCAUUUGCCGGAAGUGUAAGAUCAGGCUCAUUUGUAACCAGCUCUAUGUCUGUGAAGAGUGACCAAUCAAGACAUGAACCACUGAACUUCAGUGACAAAAAAACACCAUCUGCCGGAAGAACAUUAGAUUCAGACUUCCAGACUCACGGGAACCACACGAAUUUCAAAGACAAUCUCUUAGGGAUUUUCCAGGAGCUUGAGAACAAAAUAAUCAAUUUCCUGAAGAACGAGCUUGAAAAGUUUAGGAAAAUAUUACAAAAGGACAACACACAAGCGGAAGACUUUGUGAAGGAAUUUAAUGAGAAUAAAUGUAGUUCCAAAGAAGCAGCUCUUGAUCUCACACUCAAUUUCCUGAGGGAGAUGAAGCAACAUGAAGCUGCUGAUACUCUAGAAGAUGAUCUCAUUUUCAUUCAUCAGCUAAAAUGUAGCCUAAAGAAUAAGUAUCAAUGCGUGUUUGAAGGAAUUGCAAAACAAGGAGACUCUACACUUCUAAAAAACAUCUACACAGAUCUCUAUAUCACUCAGGGUUGUAGAGAACAGGUCAAUUUUGAACAUGAGGUAAGACAGAUUGAAGUUACUUCCAGGCGUCAAGAAUCACAAGAGAUACCAGUUGAAUGCACAAAGUUGUUUGAAGCACCUGAACAAGACAAGCAGAUCAGAGCUGUACUGACAAAAGGAGUUGCUGGCAUCGGAAAAUCAAUCUCUGUCCAGAAGUUUAUUGUGGACUGGGCUGAAGGAAAAGAAAAUCAAGAUAUCAGUUUUAUGUUUCCUCUUCCAUUCAGAGAGAUGAACCUAAAGGAGAAAGAAAAUUUAAGUUUAAUGGACCUUAUAACUCAGUUUUUUCCUGAAACUAAAGGACUUAACCUUGCAAGAAGAAAUACAUUUAAAGUCCUGUUCAUCCUUGAUGGACUGGAUGAAUGUCGACUUCCUCUAAACUUUGGUGGUAAUGUGACAUGGGCUGAUAUAUUAUCACCAUCCUCCCUGGAUGUUCUUCUGACGAACCUCAUCAAGGGAAAUCUUCUUCCUUCUGCUCUUAUCUGGAUCACCACCAGACCAGCAGCUGCCAGUAAGAUUCCUCCUGACUAUAUAGAUCGGCUGACAGAGAUACGAGGAUUCAGUGAUACACAAAAGGUGGAGUACUUCAAAAAAAGAUUCACAGAUGAGAAUCAGGCCAAAGAAAUUAUUGAUCAUUUUAAAAAAUCCAAGAGUCUAUUUAUCAUGUGCCACAUUCCAGUCUUCUGCUGGAUUUCAGCGACAGUUUUUCAGAGCAUUUUAGAGGAGAAAAGAAAAAAUCUGAAAAACAAUGAGGCUGGUGACUCCUCUAAAACACUGCAGGAAUCAAACACUGAAGACACUCCCAAGACUCUGACACAAAUGUACACACACUUUCUCCGCUUUCAGAUCCAGCAGAGCAGACAAAAGUAUGAUGGAGAAUACACACCAGAUGUUUCCUGGGAUAAAGAUGCCAUCCUUUCAUUGGGGAAACUGGCAUUUCAGCAGCUGGAAAAAAACAACCUGAUCUUCUACGACACAGAUCUGGAAGCCUGUGGUAUUAAUGCCUCUAAAGCAUCAGUGUAUUCAAGCAUGUGUACCCAGAUCUUUAAGGAGGAAAGAGGAAUCAUUGUUGGCACCAUGUACUGUUUUGUUCACUUGAGCAUUCAAGAGUUUAUUGCAGCCCUUUAUGCACAUCUUUUUCUAGACAAAAACAACACAAGUGUAUUUGCUCAAGACUCUACAGAACAGGCAAACAAAAAUGAAGCCAUGGUUGGUUUGGUCAAGACUGCAGUGGACAAGGCACUUGAGAGUGACAAUGGACAUCUGGACCUUUUCCUUCGUUUCUUUCUCGCUCUGUCACUCCGGUCCAAUCGACAACUCUUAAGAGGACUGUUGACACAGCAACACUGCAAUGAACAGGACUACAAGGAAAUAGUUCAGUACAUCAAGCUGAAAUUAGAAGAUAAUCCGUCUCCAGAGAGAUCCAUUAAUCUGUUUUACUGUCUGAAUGAACUGAAUGACCAAACUCUGGUGGAAGAAAUUCAGAACCAUCUUAGCAAAGGAAGUCUCUCAUCUGGUGACCUCUCACCUUCUCAUUGGUCUGCUUUGGCUUUUGUGUUGUUGACAUCAGAGGAGGAGCUGGAGGACUUUGAACUUCAGAAAUUCAAGAAAUCAGAUGAGUGUCUCAUUAGACUAUCAUCUGUCAUCAGAACCUCCAAAAGAGCUCUACUAAAUGAUUGUAACUUAACAGAAAAAAGCUGUCCAGCUCUUGCUACACUUCUUGGAUCAGAUAACAGUCUGAAAGAACUGAACAUAAACAAUAAUAAUCUGCAAGAUUCAGGAGUGAAGAAAAUCUGUAGUGGACUGAAGAUGUUAAAGUGUGAAUUGGAGAUACUGAGACUUUCAAACUGCAGUUUCACUGAAGAAGGUUAUAAAGCUCUGGCUUUAGCUCUGAGAUCAAACCCUUCACACCUGAUAGAGCUGGAUCUGGCAGGAAAUGAUCCUCGACAAUCAGGAGUGAAUCAGCUCAGUAAUGUGCUACAGAAUGGAUACUGUAAAUUGAAGAUACUCAGGCUAAAUGAUUGUAAUUUAACAGACAAAUGCUGCUCAGUUCUGUCUAAACUUCUUGGAUCAGAAACUAACCUGAAAGAGCUGAACAUGAACAAUAAUAAUCUGCAGGAUUCAGGGGUGACUUAUCUCUGUACUGGACUGAAGAAUAAGAAGUGCAAAUUAGAGAUACUGAGGCUUUGUAAGUGUGAUCUGACAGAGAAAAGCUGUUCAGAUCUUGCUUCAGUUCUCAAUUCAGACUUCAACAGUCUGAAGGAUCUUGACCUGAGCAGCAACAAUCUGCAUGAUUCAGGAGUAAAGCUGCUCUCUGAAGGACUGAGAGAAAAAUGUAAACUACAGAAACUCAGAUUUUCAAACUGCAGUAUCACUGAAGAAGGCUAUAAAGCUCUGGCUUCAGCCCUGGGAUCACAUCCUUCACACCUGAUAGAGCUGGAUCUCACAGGAAAUGAUCCUGGACAAUCAGGAGUGGAGGAGCUCAUUGAUUUACUACAGGAUGGAAAGUGUACAUUAAAAAACAUCAGGUUUCUGAAAUGUCCUGGUGCACAGGAAGUGUGUGAGUGUCUCACUGAUGUUCUGGGUAAAAGUCCAUUAUUACUGAAAGAACUGGAUCUAAGUGGAGAUAUAUUAGAAGAUCUGGAUGGGGAGAAGUUUUCUCUUCUUUUGAUGGACUCUCAUAGCAAGGUCGAGAACAUUAAUGUGAAUGAUUGUGAGCUGACAGAAAAAAGCUGUUCAGUUCUAGCUACUGUUCUUUCCUCCAAAACCAUCAUGAAAGAGGUUAACCUGAACAACAGCCGUCUGCUGGAUUCAGGAGUCAAAGAGAUCUGUGAGGGACUGAAGAAUCCUGUGUGUGAGUUGAAGAUACUCAAACUCUCUAACUGUAGCAUAACAGAGAAAGGUUAUAAAGCUCUGGCUUCAGCUCUGAGAUCAAACCCUUCACACCUGAUAGAGCUGGAUCUGACAGGAAAUGAUCCUGGAGAAUCAGGAGUGAAGGAGCUCACUGAUUUACUACAGGAUCCAAACUGUCAACUGAAGACACUGAGGUUUUUGGGUCCUGCUGCAGAUGCAGCCUGUCAGUAUGUGACAGGAAUUGUGGGUGAAAACCCACUACUCCUGAGAGAACUGAAUCUGCAAAAACGUAAACUAGGAGACACACGAGUGAAACAGAUCGCUGUUCUACUGCAGGAUAAACACUGUAAACUUAACACAUUGACGCUGAAUAAUAACAGGAUCUCAGCAGAAGGUUUUGCUACUCUGACUUCAGCAUUGAAUUCAAAUCCUUCAAACCUGAUAGAGCUGGACCUGAGUGGGAAUAAACUAGGAAAUUUAGGAAUCUGGUCGCUGUUGAAUAAUCCUCAGUGCAGAUUGGAGAAACUGAAACUUUCCAACUGCAGUAUCACUGAAGAAGGUUAUAAAGCUCUGGCUUCAGCUCUGAGAUCAAACCCUUCACACCUGAUAGAGCUGGAUCUCACAAGAAAUAAUCCUGGAAAAUCAGGAGUGAAGGAGCUCAUUGAUUUACUACAUGAUGCACAGUGUACAUUAAAGACUGUCAGGUUUUUGAAAAGUCCUGCUGCCCAAGAAACAUGUGAUCAUCUCACUGAAGUUCUGGGUAAAAAUCCAUUAUUAUUGAAAGAACUGGAUCUGAGUGAAAAUAAAUUAGGAAAGCUAUAUUGGGAGAAGCUCUCUGCUCUUUUGGUGGACUCUCAUAGCAAAGUGGAGAAAAUUAUACUGAAUAAUUGUAAGCUGAAAGAGAACAGCUGUUCAGCCCUAGCUACUAUUUUCUCCUCCAAAACCAUCCUUAAAGAGGUGAACCUGAACAACAGCCGUCUGCCGGACUCGGGAGUCAAAGAGAUCUGCGAGGGACUGAGGAAUCCUGUUUGUGAGCUGAAGAUACUCAAACUUUCAGACUGCAGUAUCACUGAAGAAGGUUAUAAAGCUCUGGCUUCAGCUCUGAAAUCAAACCCUUCACACCUGAUAGAGCUGGAUCUCACAGGAAAUGAUCCUGGACAAUCAGGAGUGAAGGACCUCACUGAUUUACUACAGGAUCCAAACUGUCAACUGAAGACACUGAGGUUGUUACAGAAUCCUUCUGCAGUUGAAGCAUGUCAGUAUGUGACUGAAGUUGUGGGGGAAAACCCACUACUCCUGAGAGAACUGAAUCUGAGUGGACAUGAACUAGGAGACGAACAAGUGAAUCAGAUUGCUGCUCUACUGCAGGAUAAACACUGUAAACUCAAGAAGCUGAUGAUGCGUUAUUGUGGUAUAACAGAGAAAAGCUGUUCAGCUCUUCCUUCAGUCCUGAGAUCAAACCCCAGUUUGGAAGAGGUGGACAUUAGCAACAAUAAUCUGCAGGAUUCAGGAGUGAAGAAACUCCUGAAAGAGUUUGAAAAUACAAACUGCACACUGAAGAAACUCAGGCUUUCAGACUGCUGUAUCACUGAAGAAGGUUAUAAAGCUCUGGCUUCAGCUCUGAAAUCAAACCCUUCACACCUGAUAGAGCUGGAUCUGACAGGAAAUGAUCCUGGACAAUCAGGAGUGAAGGAGCUCACUGAUUUACUACAGGAUCCAAACUGUCAACUGAAGACACUAAGGUUUUUGGGUCCUGGUGCAGAUGAAGCCUGCCAGUAUGUGACAAGAAUUAUGGGUAAAAGCCCAUUACUCCUGAGCAAGCUGCAUCUGAGUGAAUGUGAACUAGAAGACACAUUAGUAAAUCAGAUCGCUGCUCUACUGCAGGAUAAACACUGUAAACUCAAGAAGAUAAUGCUGAAUAAUAACAGGAUCUCAGUAGAAGGUGUUGCUACUUUGACUUCAGCAUUGAAUUCAAAUCCUUCAAACCUGAUAGAGCUGGAUCUGAGUGGGAAUAAAAUAGGAAACUCUGGAAUUCAGAAGAUCUGUCCUCUGUUGAAUAAUCCUCAGUGCAGAUUGAAGACACUGAAACUUUCAAGCUGCAGUAUCACAGAAGAAGGAUAUAAAGCACUGGCUUUAGCUCUGAGAUCAAACCCUUCACAUCUGAUAGAGCUGGAUCUCACAGGAAAUGAUCCUGGACAAUCAGGAGUGAAGGAGCUCACUGAUUUACCACAGGAAGGUUGCUGUAAAUUGAAGAACAUCAGGUAUUUGAAAAGUCCUGCUGCAGAGGAAGUGUGUCAGUAUAUUACUGAAGUUCUGGGUAAAAGUCCAUUAUUACUGAAAGAACUGGAUCUGAGUGAAGAUAAAUUAGAAGAUCUGGAUUGGGAGAAGUUCUCUGCUCUUUUAAUGGACUCUCAUAGCAAAGUGGAGAAAAUUAUGCUGAAUAAUUGUAAGCUGACAGAGAAAAGUUGUUCAGUUCUAGCUACUGUUCUCUCCUCCAAAACCAUCCUGAAAGAGGUGAACCUGAAAAACAGCCAUCUGCCAGACUCGGGAGUCAAAGAGAUCUGUGAGGGACUGAAGAAUUCUGUUUGUGAGUUAAAGAUACUCAAACUUUCAGACUGCAGUAUCACUGAAGAAGGUUAUAAAGCUCUGGCUUCAGCUCUGAGAUCAAACCCUUCACACCUGAUAGAGCUGGAUCUCACAGGAAAUGAUCCUGGACAAUCAGGAGUGAAGGAGCUCACUGAUUUACUACAUGAUCCAAGCUGUCAACUAAACCAGUUUUUGAGAAGUUCUGCUGCAGAUGAAGCCUGUCAGUAUGUGACAGGAAUUGUGGGUAAAAACCCACUACUCCUGAGAGAACUGAAUCUGAGUGAAUGUGAACUAGGAGAUACACGAGUAAAUCAGAUUGCUGCUCUACUACAGGACAAACACUGUACACUCAACACACUGACGCUGUGUGGAUGCAGUAUUACAGAGAAGCAAUGCCUCACCCUGACCUCAGCUCUGAAAUCAAACCUAUCACACCUGAGAGAACUGAACCUCAGUGUGAAUAAAAUAAAGAACACAGGAGUGAUGCACAUAUGUGAUCUCCUAAAUGAUUUCCACUGUAAACUGGAGAGAUUGAGGUUAAGAUACUGCGAUAUGACAGUUGAAGGUUGUUCUGCUGUGACUUCAGCUCUGAAAUCGAACCCAUCACACCUGAGGGAGCUGGACCUAAGCGGGAAUAACCUAAAAAACACAAGGCAAAAAACACAAUUGUAUGACGUACUGAAGGAUUCACACUGUAAAAUGAAUGAAAUAAGGUUCACAAGAUGUGACAUGAAAGAUGAAGAUUGUUCUGUUCUGACGUCAGCUCUGAAAUCAAACCCAUCGCACAUUAGAGAGCUGAACUUAAGUGGGAAUGUAUUAGGACAAUUGGGAGUAACAACCCUCAGUGAUGUACUGAAAAACCCACAAUGCAAGCUGGAGAAACUAGAUCUGUGCGAAUGCAGUAUUACAGAGGAACUGUGUCUCAUCCUGACUUCAGCUCUGAAAUCAAACCCAUCACACCUGAGAGAGCUGAACCUCAGUGGGAAUCAACUAGGAGACUCUGCUGUUGAAAACCUUGGGAUUCUAUUAGGAAGUUCACAAUGCAAGCUGGAAAAACUAUAUCUGUGCGGAUGCAAAAUUACAGAGAAACACUGUAUCAUCCUGACUCCAUCCCUGUGUUUAAACCUUUCACACCUGAGAGAGCUGGACCUCAGUCAGAAUAAAAUAGAAAACAAAGGAGUGGAUAUCUUGUGUGAAAUACUGGAUAAUUCACGGUGUCAGCUGAAGAGAUUGAGUCUAAAUGACUGUGGCAUUACAGAUGUUGCAAAUUUAACUCAGUCUUUGGACAAGACUAAAGCAUUGACAUUUUUAAAAGAACUUGAUUUGAGUAACAAUAAUAUAGGAUCCUCGAAAAAUAAGCUCAUUGAUGUGCUACAAGACUCAAACUGUAAUCUGAGGUAA